AUGACAAUAAUUAACUCAAUUUCUUCAUUAGGAAAAAUCACAAAUAAAAAUAAAAGUCAAAAUAAUUUAAAUAGCAUAAACAAUUCAAUCAAUCCUCCAAAUAAUAUUCAAGGGUCAAACGAAAAAACAGGAUUGGUUAGUGGUUUAUUAGAAUUAGUUGGUGGGGUUGUUUUAAUACUUGGUCUUGUUGUUGGUGCUACAUUAGGGUUGUAA